AUGGGCUUUUGGCACAAUGCCACGAAGAUAGUUUUUGCCCGUGACCCAUAUUCUCGUCUUUACUCGGCUUACGUUGAUAAGUUUUUCUUGCCCGAUUUUUGGGCCAGUGGUGCCCGAAUAAAGCGACUCGUCAGGAACAACGUCACGGUGGAGACGUCAUGUGGACAUGACGUGACGUUUGAAGAAUUCUUACGCUACGUCAUUCACGCCGAGGAAACAGGUCAAUACAUUCAUGAAUUUGUGGAUGACCACUGGCAGCCGGUGACUCGCCUUUGCCAGCCGUGUGAUAUGUCCUAUGACAUCAUCGCCAAACAAGAAACGUUUUCCAAAGAUCGAGAUUUCAUCGUUGAUAAACUAGGCAUUUCCUCCAUUCUACCGACAUCACAGUCGAUUUCAAAAGACGACACGAACAAAGAUGCUAUCAACCAGACGAUAGACACGUACUGGGGAGUAGUUAAGUUCAAGAAGCCGUGUGUAAGCCAGUUAGAGUUAGCGGAGAGAUUCUGGAGGUCCUAUCAAAUACAGGGUUACCUCCCUUCCUCCUUAAAAUUCCCUGAGCAAAUGUUACCGAAGGACUCGGACGACAUCAAAGAAGAUUUUCGAAAGUUGGCUCUGGCAAUGUACGAGUCUAACAAACCGUCUAAUGGUUCGUGGAAGCAACAACGACUGGAUGAAAUGACCAAGGCAUAUAAGGAUAUCCCCACACCUGUCAUGGAGAAAAUUAAACUUUAUUUUAGAAAAGAUUUUGAACUGUUUUCUUAUGAAAUGAAUCCAAAUCAUUUAUAUUCAUACAGGUGA